UGCUGGAGAGACAGACAGUGAGGCAGAGGGGCUGUGCUGAGCAGACGCUGGGUCAGAGCGCUCAGUUGCUUCAGACAAUCACAGGAGAGCGAGAGAAAGGCAGGAGAAAGAGAGAACACCACAUAGAAAGAUUCAAAAGAGAGAAAAGGGAGGGAGAGAUAGGGGAGGGAGGUAAAUAUGUAACAGGAUGUGGUUUCCCUGAGCUUGCAGAACAUUGGUAUACAGGCAUACUUUGAGCAUGACCUAAACACGGCGAGCGCACAAGUGUGUUUGAGCUCUGUUAGGUGGCGUGGGGGACGACAAAGCAAACCGCUGGAGCCACUGCUGCUGCUGCUGCUGCUGAGCUGACAGACACUUUGGUCUCAUUGCUGCCUGCCGGAAGAUUGUGAGACAUUUAAGUCAGCCACCUCCUUGGCAACCUCAGUCAGUUUGUCAGACAGGAUCUGAGCCCGUCCCCCAUCCUCUCUCUGAACUGGUCUUCUUCCAAGUAGAAUGCGAUUCUUUGCCGGAAGCUUUGGUCCAGUUGCUGCCUUUCCGUCCAAGCAGUGAACUUUUUAACUAGAUCGUGAAACAGGGUCUGUGCACAGAGUCACUGACAAGCUGUGGAGCCAUGGGCUGUGGGCUGCGUAAGAUGAGGCCAACGUCAGAGGACAAUAGUCCUGGGAAGAUUUACUCCACCCUGAAAAGACCACAGGUGGAGACUAAGGUGGGCGUGGCUUAUACCUAUCGCUACCUGGACUUCCUGAUUGGGAAAGAUGGUGGGACGUCCACCCUGCGGCUCUCAUCGGUGCGGGAACUACCAGGACAGCUGCAGGACUUUUACCAGGAGGGCUUUGUUCUGGCAGCUGUUCACCCAUUCAUCCACCCCUGUGGUCCAGAUUCCAAAAGCCCACAGCACCAGCUCUACCGGGCCAUACUGGUCCAACUGAAUGAUGGGGCGGAAAGGAGCCAGCCGGUCUGCCCACCGUACAAACUGCAGCUGGAAGAGUGUCUGUCUGCUGAGCAGGUGCCCACCCCUGAGCUCAUCCAGGGCUACGUCAAGAAGCAGAUUCAGGAUGCUGCUGACCAGGGGGUGAUGUUUGUGGGAUUCAUCCAGGAACCAUAUGGGGCCCCAUGCACCAGGAUCAGAAAACCAGACACCCCCUCCCUUUCCCUGCACUCCAGCCCCAGCUCUGUGCUCGGUUCCCUCAGCACCUGCAGCCCCUCAAAUCCCUCAAGCCCCAAAAUCCAUGCAGAACCUGGAGCUCAAACCAACACAGUGGACAAAGGCGGGAGUGAGGAAUCUUCAUGCAAGGCUGGGGAAGGAGCAGCGAGUGGGGAGGACAAGCAAAGUGGAAGUGCUGGGAACCAUUCAGGCAGCGGGCUGGAGGGCACCCAGGACAAGGCUUCGCUCUCUGUGUCUCCAGUAUCAGAGGGGGAGCUGGAGCAGAGUGAGGAGCUGACGGAGGAGGACUCACUGUGUCACAGUAACAACAAAGACAGUGACACAGAGAUAAAGGAGAGGCAGAGAUACCGGGAGCAGAGAGGCAAUGGUGUGGAGCUGUUCGCUUUCUACAACAAGCCACUUGUCCGAGAGGGCCACGGGAAGUACUAUACUGUCAAGGUGCCUCUUUGGGUUCAAAACUGUGACGAGGGGAUCAAAGGCGUAGAAGCCAACUGGCUAGAUCAUAUGACCCAGCACUUCAACAAUGGAUCUUCAUUGGUCGAUGGAUACUUCUACCUGGGUGACAUUAACGAUUUGCUGCCCAAGUCGGUGGAAAGCGUCUUCAUCUUCCAGGAAGCAAGCGAGGGUGAGCCCAAUGUGGCGAUCCCAACAUACGAUGCCAUCGUAGUGGAGCAGUGGACCAUCAUUGAUGGUUUGCAGGUGAAGGCUGAUUAUGUUCCACUGCUGCAGUCUCUCGCUGACUAUGGAUGGAGACUCACCUGUGUGCUGCCAACUCCCAUAGUCAAGACUAACAGCGAUGGAAGUCUGUCCACCAAACAGAUUGUUUUCCUGCAGAGACCCGUCUUGGGCCGAAAGAGAAAGGAAUCCAAGAAAUUGAUCUUCAAGACCCGAAGCAAGUCCAGCAAGAACUACAUUAAAGACACAGCAAAGAACAAGAAAAAGAAAAAAACAAAAACAGACAAAGAUGCUGAAGAUCCUAAGAUUCUUGAUGAUAGGGACAAGAAUAGGGAUGAAAUGGUGAAUGCAACAGACGUAGGCGCAGUGAGACAAAGUGAGACAUCACCAGAAAGAGAAAUGAAGUGUGAGGAAGAUAGAAAGAUUGAUGAUGGGAUCAAAAUCAGCAUAGAGACUGUCAAAAAGAAAGAUGAGGGAGCAGAGACAAAAGACAAAGGAGCAGAAAAUGGCAUAGAGGAAGAAGAAAAAAUCACAGUGGAUGGAGAGGGGUCAAAAGAGAAUGGCAAGCCUUUAGAAAAUGGAGAAGUCCAGGAAGUGGCAGGAACUACUGUGACUGUCGGAACAAAGAGAAAGACCAAAGAAAAAGAGGACGAGGGCAUAGCAGAAGUUGAAGCUGUGAUUGAAAAUGGGGUCGAGACCGAUGAGGAGAAAGACGAGAACAAGGGGAACGUGAUCACACACAAGACAGAAGAACCGGCAGGCGUGGAGGUCACUGUGGCAGAUUCCCAGGCCAUAUCAACCGAUCACAGCCCAGAGGAGACUCUCGAGUAGCCAGAGUAGUCCAAGUCAAGGUUUAUUUCCCACCCUACCUCUCAAAUUGCCCAACAUAAGGACUGGUUCACAACAUUGUCCCUGAUCCAAAUUAAUGGGGCAUAGCUCCCCUUCGCUGCAGCAUUCUUCAAACCUGACAUUUUCAUGGAUGAUUUCCCCACAACCUGCCAACCAUGUAGCUACAGAAUGAUUUCAUGUGAUUGCAUACAUCAGUCCUACUGUACAACCACACAUACUGAAUGUAUCCAAAACAGGGGAUGCUGGUGCAAGCUAGUCAGCUUGGAGUCACUUGAUGAGCAGUGAAUAUCUAAAACGUUACCUUGAUCAGAUGGGGCAAGUUUUUGUUUAACUUAAGAUGAAUUAACAACAUUUGAGGGGCUGGUCACAUUAGUAUCAAUGGCAAAACUUAGAAGUGAAAUAGAAUGAGCAAAAUUUGUGAAUUUAUUCUUGAGGGAAAAGCAAAUUCUUUGCAUCAUGUAGAAAUUGGUGCUGUUGAUCAAAAACAACCUGGUCUGGACAAUGAGUCCAAAAUGGAGGAAGCUACUGUAUCUUAUCCACAAAAGAGGAAUCUUUUGCAGAUAUGACUAAAAUAUGACCUUGUGUAAACUGUGUGAAUGUAUUGUCCUGUUAGUGACCAAGCUAAGUGUCAGUUAGCAAGCCUUCUAGAUUUAAGAGCUUUUUUUUUACCCCUUCAGUAACGUGUCAUUGACUAAAAUACAGUACAGUGGUGAUAGACUAGGUGUUGGUUGGCAUGUUCAGUUGAUUGUUUUGGGCCAAUGCCUGUGCUCACAAGGCCAAUUAAAAAACAAAGUAUGCAGGCAGCCUUGUCAACGUGUCUCUAUGUCAUCAAGCUUUUAGAACCAUACAUUUUACUAAAGUAAAGGAAUAAAUUAUACUGCGCCACUUUCUGGUGUGACCAGGCCUUUAAGGGUUUCAUUCUCGUCGCAAUGUAAUGUCGAGUCAAACAUAAACUUGCAACCCGUCUAAUUGUGGUUAGUUCGAUAACCUGAAAGAACAACACUGAUGUUGUUUUUGAAAGGUACUUGAACUGUAGAGCAAGUUUAGCUGCUCUUUUCAGGAAAGACAAGUCAGCUCCAGAAAAUUCAAGAGACACAGUUGUGACAAGACACAGGUUUGCCUCAUCCACACAACUGACAGUACAAAGGUGGGUAUGCUCAGAACAGUGUGCUAUUUGAUCAGACUGCAUCAUCAUUUCCUGUUCCUCUGUUUUGUUCACCGUGGGGAGUUGUGUGUGAAGAACACGUGGAAAACACUGGUAGAGGUGUUUGUUGCGACAGGCAAUCCAAAGUAGGGUGAGGAGGUAAUUGUUUACUCUGAGCUCUAAGCUGUUAAGUGCUUCAGAGUUGAUAAUCACUCUUUAAUGUUGUGUGCUAAGCUCACCUUGCGCGUAGAAUGUUCCAUAUUCAAAGCCAAGUUAAAUAAGGAUGUGACAUUUAGCUGAAUGUUUACAGCUCAGUAGCUGAUCUCCUAUUUAGAUGCAUCUAUGGCUUUUUCAUACAGGAAUGAGGAUUUAUUUUUAGCAAAAUAACAUUUUUAAUUAUAUUUCUAGUCAGUGGUCGCAAAGAAAAGCACUUGUCAGCAUGGAAACAAGGUUAAGCUAUGUGGUCAGGGCCGAAGAUCGUUGCUUACUGAGACAAAACCCGAAGCUUGAGAGGGAGAAACUGAGACAAAGAAAGAGGUUGAGAGCAGAAGAAAAAGAUCACAGAGCAUAAGAGAUUCAAAUAAAAGAAACAAAUAGGUUCAUUUAAAGUAACAGCCUUUUGUGUUUCACAUUCCCUGUUGAGAUUUCCCUCAUUAUUUUACCUCCAGCUCUUUAAGCACCUCUUACCAGACAUAAUUUCUGACAGAAACCAAGUCAUAAUGUGCUGUUUCAUGGCGCUGUGUAGCAUUCCAUUUAGAAAGGGGAACGAGGGGGGGGUGGGUUUGGCGGACGCUCACGGUGGAGUUCUCAUUAGCUCACUAAUGGAUUUGAUCAGUGGGGUAUCUGUCAGGAACCAUGGAUUUCUAACGAAGGCCACUUGUUGGAGAGGUAUUGACAGAAGAACACCUCAACAUAUCAAGCCAAUCAAACAGCCUUCAGAUUUAACGGUGAUGUCAUUAGGAAUCAUUUGCACUAAGAAGGAAACAUUUGUGUUAAAAAUUUAUACACACACUUCAUAAAAUAUGUUUAAUAAAACUAUUUAUUAAAAUGUUUGAGCAUUGUAAGUAUUUGGUUAAUCAAGAACUGAAACUACCUGGUCUCCUGCUUUAUACAGACUAUAAUUUGUCAUAAUUUGGGUUUUCUGUUUUACAAAAAUAGACAUGUUGGUCAAGACAAAAAUCUCCUUCUGGAGAUGACACGCUUCAUUCACACAAAAUUAAGACUGAUUACGCUGAAUGAGUGCACUCCUUCUGGGGGAUUCAUCCAUCCGCUGCUGAGAUUUGUUUCAAUGUAAAAUGAUUUUGUGUAGAAUAGAAGAUAUAAACCAGUGACCAGUUUAGCCUUAUUACUAUAGUGUAAACGGCCCGCACAGUGGUGAUUUAAGUGUUAUAUGUUUGUUAGAGUUGAACAGGAGUGUUUUGUUGCAGUCAGUGUUGGUAUUUUAAAACUGUUGUUUAUUACUGGAAUUUACAGCGAGGGGAUAAAAGAUUUGAAGUGUUUGUCUAUAUGAAGGUAAUAUGUUUUGUUU